CAAGACACUCGUGUGAACGGACCCACAGGCGACCGCACUUCUCGCUCGAUCUGCACGGCAUCGUCGCCGUCAAGAGCACCCAACCGCUCUCAACACCCCGCUCCGCAGUUGCCGCUCUGUUUUCUCUGACCCAGUGGAGAUGAGUGCGUCGGCGCUGGUCCUGCAGUGGCAUGAUCGCUUCGACAAGCUGUCGCUCCAGUGGCAUCAGGCACAUUCGCACUCGGUCUCGGUUCUCCAGAAUAUCCAGAACCUCGUGGAGCAGCGCCAGAUGACGCUGUCGUAUCUCCCGGAACUCAACGAUCCUCACCGGAACGCCGCCCACCCAAUAUUCGGAGCCGAUACCCCAUUGAUACUGUCCCAGAUCCCGGAUCUGGUCCAGCGGCUUGGACUGAAGCAAACGGCCGCGAUCGAAAGGUCUGUCAAGACGUUGCAAGCCGACCUCGAGGAGAUCGGCCAGGUCGUUCGAGAAAUGAACAGGCUCAAGCAGGGCGCACUGGACCGGAUUCGAUCGUCGACCCCGCUCUUGGGGCCCGAAGACUCGGCGGCCGGUCCACUGCAGAUCAGCCUGGUGGAGAUGGCCGACUGGAUCCAGACGAUGGCUUCGUCGUAUGACCGCGAGUCGUUUGCGCUAAAGCAGAGCGUCGGCCCAAGCGGACUCGAUAUCCUGUCGAACGACGAGCAAAGCGAUGCACUGGCACGAACCCUCGGUCGAUGGAAUGCACUGAGCCUCCUGGAUCUCGACUUUGAAGCCAUCGUGCGCGAGCGGGUCAAAGCCCUGCGACGAUACGAGCGCCAAGCCAACCAGGGCUAGGAUCGUCGCCGUAGUCGCUGUGACAAUACCGCAAGGAUCGCCGAGUUCGUGGGCGACUCCAGAUCCCCGGUCUCAGUCGGUUUUGUGGAUUCGGCGGCUCCAAGUUCAACAAGCCCGGACAAAACACACAGUCCUUCGGGAUCGAAGACAACGUCAAGUUCGCCCAAUGAGCAAAUGCAGGCCGGCGGUGACUGGAGCGCCUCUGCCUAUUGCUGAUCUGGGCAUGGGUCCAAAUAGAACGCAGGGCAAUGUCGAUAGGCUGGCCCGUUGGCCUUGACCUCCCCACGGCCCGAUGCGAUCCAGAUAUGAAAUACAUCGAUGAUUCUAUUUAGGCCCUGGCCCGGUGGCAGCAGCAGCAGCAGGUUACACCCAGCACGAUCAGCGAUUCCCGGCGUUCGUGGAUGGGCUCAAAACCAGCUGCACGCCAAGAAAACCGCACGCC